UGCGGGUUUUGCAUGGGCUAAUUUGUACGCUUUAUUACCGGGAGUCAUCGGGGACAAUAAACAUGGGAGCGUCGGGAGAUUGCUUUUCUUUAGGAUGCAUCAACCUCCAUGUCUGCUUUCAGCCGGAGUCUGUGUCGCUGAGUGAAGCCUCUGUCGCCAGGAUGCGAAAGUCUCCAUGUUCAGUGCAGUUGUGUUGGUGCUUGGCUGUUUGCUGCAGAGGAAUCCAGCGACCACAGAGGGGCGUCGUGGGACCAACCGCUAUGUCUUCUAUGCAGUGGAAAUGGAUGGAGGCACCAGAGCUGCCAGAGCUCUGGCCAAGCAGCACGGACUGGAGUUCAUACAACAGGUUGGCAGUCUGGAGGGUGUGUACACACUGAGAGACAGCAGGGGGCGCCCUGACAGAGCCACCUUAGGAAAAAGACUUGCAAUCACAGCAGGGGUGAAGUGGGUCCAGAUGCAGCAGAGUCUCUACAGGGACAAACGGUCUGCAGUGACAGGACGGAACUACAACAGCAUGAACAUUUCCCAGAGGAUGGAUUCUGCUUCUGACAGGCAGCCUGAGGAGAAUACGAGUGACCAGUCCCUCACCUUCAAUGACCCACUCUGGCCCAUGCAGUGGGAACUGUUUGCACAGGGCACGUACAACAACAAUGGCUUUGACCUGAAUGUGAUGCCGGUGUGGAGCAACAACAUCACCGGCAGAGGGGUGGUGGUCAGCAUCAUCGAUGACGGUGUGGAUCACACAAACAAGGACCUGAAGAAAAACUUUGAGGCCCUCGCCAGCGUCGACCUGAGAGCGACACACGGUCUGUCACAUGAUCCCAUGCCCACUGCGAACAAGGAGAACAGUCAUGGGACUCGGUGUGCAGGGGAAGUUGCCAUGGAGGCCAACAACUCCUACUGCGGUGUGGGCAUCGCCUUCAAUGCCAGGAUCGGAGGUAUCCGCAUGUUUGAUGGUUCUGUCACCGAUGCCAUGGAGGCCGCGGCCCUGACCUUCAACAUCCACCUCAUCGACAUCUACGUCUGCAGUUGGGGCCCGCGGGACGACGGGGCCAAGAUGGACGGGCCGCACCGGCUGACAGAGCAGGCCCUGCGGCUAGGAACUCACAAGGGUCGAGGUGGGAAGGGCAGCAUCUUUGUGUGGGCGGCAGGUAAUGGUGGAAUGAACCAUGACCACUGCGGUGCAGACGGUUACGUUAACUCUAUCUACAACAUUGCCAUCGGCGCCGUCACUCACACGGGGAAGCCCGCCUACUUUGGCGAGCCUUGCCCUGGGGUUAUGGCCGUCACUCUGACAGGGGCCAGCAUGGGAGACUCACUACCUCUGAUCACUGUUACAAACAUGGGCGAUGGCUGUGUCACACACUUCUCAGGAACAUCCAGCGCUGCUCCAAUUGCUGCAGGGAUCCUGGCUCUGGUCUUGGAGGCAAAUCCUGAGCUGACGUGGAGGGAUGUUCAGCAUCUGAUCGCCAAAACAGCAAAGAUCCCUGACCCCAAAGAGCCUGGGUGGAACGUUAACGCAGCAGGAUACCAUGUGCACCACAGGUAUGGCUUCGGAGUGUUGGAUGCAGGGCUCAUGGUGCAGCAGGCCGCACGUUUCCAAACCGCCGCUCCUCAGAGAACGUGCUCACAAAACGCAAAUCUGCAUCCAAACAGGAUUAUUUCUCCUGGAGGCGUGGCCAGUGUAAACAUCCAAUCAGAUGCAUGCCACGGACAGACUAAUGAGAUCAACACUCUGGAGCAUGUUCAGGUGAAGGUAAGCAUCAACGCCCUGUGCCGUGGCGACCUUUCCGUGAGCCUCGAGUCUCCAGGAGGCACCGUGUCACUGCUGUUGGACACCCGGCCCAACGACGCCUCCACUGCCGGACUAAAAAACUGGACCCUGAUGACGGUCCACUGCUGGGGGGAGCAUCCGCGGGGCCUCUGGACCCUGCAGGUGGCUGAUCACAAAGGCACGGUGAGGAGUUGUAGGAGGCCGACUGAAGAGGAGGCAUCCGGAGCCUUGUUCAGCGUUACACUCAUCCUCUACGGCACCUACCGCCCACUCUGGACCACGCACGAGGGACCCCUGCGGAGCUUUGUGUCCAUGGGGUCGCGUCACCCCAUCCCUCAGAGGGGGGUGUACCGGAGGAGCCGUUACCCCCCUCUGGACCUGAUUGAAUGGGCCUACCAAACAGAGCGAGACAGGAAGGUUCGGGCUGCUGACAUCACCGUCCCUGACAGACACCGGGUGCAGAAAAAAAGUCCCGAAGACGCCACGCUGGGUAACCAGUCUCUCUCCAACACCUUGAUGUCUACUAUGGCUUUUCAGACAGAGCAAACGUCCUCAACAGGAUUGAGGUCUGAUACUUUGAAGGUGCUUCAUGAGAAGAAGAGCAGUGGUGAUGAUCUGGACAUAAAGAGCAGCUCCUUACCAUCACAUCUUCACCUGGAUCGGGUCCUGGAGGUGCAGCCGCUGAACGCCUCCGAGGACCGGACGUCUGAAACUGAACAGAAAACCAAGAGAGGAGAGAAACAAAUAUGAACUGUAGUUACAGAAAGAAUUUGCACUCUGUUCCUCAGAGGUAUGAGACGAUUGAUCACAGAUUAAUUCCAUGUACAGGCUCUGUGAUGGCAGACAGUAUUUAUUGCAGAUUCCGAUCUUCCUUUAAACUCAAUCACACCCCAACGUAUAAAUUAUAACCUAAACAAAUUGUUUCAGGGGAAGGUCUCGGCACUCAUCUCCCCUCCUCGUUUACCUCCGGAAAGGUUCGUGAAAGAUAUGUUUGUCUUUUUCCACUUCAUUGAAGGGUGAACUCUGCUCAGUGCAAUAAGAAAUGGAUUACCCAUUCAUUAAAGGGGCUGUGUCACUCCUCAUUGAGUUGGACAAAUAACAAAUUAAUUUCUAGCCGCCUAAUUUCUCUCUGUUCUCCACUGAAUUUCCGAUAACGUCAAAUUACUGAUCACAGCCAUGUGAACUCCCUCAACUUUUUAUCAAUUCAUUAAAAAUGGGCCACAGUGGAGAUGCUAGAGAGGAAAUUCUCCCCUUUUCUCUGCAUGCUUCCUUUACUACCACUGCACUGUAAACAAACACAAACCGACUGAAGCGAAGUGCCGGAAAAAGUUAGUUUGCUGUUGUUUUUGGGUUCAACGUCAAACUUUUUCGCGAGUUCAUCUGAAAGCCGUGCCUCACAUGAAUGUAAUACGAGAGUAACGACUGCUUUUUCCCAGUCAAGUGCAGGUCUGGAGGUAGUGGUGUGUUGUAAAGUAGCAGUAGUGUAUUGACAGGGCAGUAUUGAUGUUUCAAUUAGAGCAGCGUUACAUAGUGCCGCAGCAUGGUAACACGGUGCGUCUCCUGCCAUCUGCUCUGCCUCUACGUCUGACGAACGAGGCACGUGGGGCUAAUUGAGCCGCACAUGAGCGAUGGGACCGCGAGAUCUAUCCCACGCACACAUACAGACACACACUCAUCCUAUACGCACGUCCUUAUGCAGGAAAAACGGGGGGGAAGGACGAGGGGAAGCUCCUCAGACCUGCUGUUUAAGCAGCCUUCAGAAAACCUGCCAUUCCUUCCCCUUCUCCCUUCACGCGGCCCACAGGAGCAGCCGGCAGGUUAUUUCUCUGACAUGAAACACACAAACACACCAGUUAAAAAUCUUUAAACCCUCAUCUGAAGGAAAGACAAAAAAAAAGGGAAGCGCAUGUGCCAGGUUUCCUCGUGCUGGGACGCUCUGAAAUAACAGUGUGCAUUAUGCCUGGCGUUAUUGCCUGCCAAACCACACGAAUCAAAGACCUCAUUGUGUGGAUUACCUUGUUAAUCUGUUGAUGCCAUUGAGCAGUAUUGCAGGUGUUAAUGUGCCAGUUUUUUUUUCUCCCUCUCCCUCUCUCUUUCUCUUCUCUUAUUGGGGAGGUGUAGCGUUAGGUUGGUAAUCUGCUUUAAAUGCUUUCUGGGGAAUGAGACAUGUUGAAACCCAGCCAAGAGAACUCUGCUAUCGUGAAGAGCUUUCUCUUAAUACAGCCCACGGAGAGAGGACUGACUGAGGCUGCGGCGCUGAUGCCAGUGGGGAUGAACCGGCGAGCUACACGCCCCACGCCACUUGUUGAAAUAUAUGACUGUAUGAAUAAUGAAAGAGGAAGGGGAAAGUGAUAUUUCUAAACCAGUCCCCGCUAUGACAUUCAUCAUAGCCGCUCUUCUUCUGUUUCCCUCUUGCAAAAAAUGCCAAGUUUGCGUGUCGUUUGGAAGAGCUAACCACAGCCGAUAGAGGUGAACUCCUAAAUGGAGAGAAAGAGAGGAAGAUAAAGAGGGAGAGACAGAGGGAAAGGGGACAGAAAAAGAGGUAAUCCUCCCUUUUUUCUGCUCCCCGGGGUGGUCUCUUCAUCCAGGGCCUCAAAGAGGGACAGAAUACACCUCCCUGCUACAAUGAAGGGGACCCACAGGGGCUGUUGCUAUCUAAGGGUGUGUGUGUGCGUGUGUGUGUGUGUGUGUGUGUGUGUGUGUGUGUGUGUGUGUGUGUGUGUGUGUGUGGUGGGGGUGCAGCUUUAAGCAGGCCUUUGAGUGGCCUAAUUGCAUUGGAAUACAGCAGUCUGAGAGCUGGCUCAGAUCACGGCGGGCUGCUGGAGGGGUGAGCGCCCGCACCUCGACAGCCACACUCAGCAAAAGAGCUCGGCACAAUGCGCACAAUUAAUGCUCUCCCUCUCGUUAACUCUCUCCCCACUUUUUGUCCUCUCCAACUUUUUCUCUCAUUCUUCCCCUUCUCACCCCGUAUCUCACCCCCCCCACACACACACACCCCACCCCCAACCCCCCAUCCUCUACCUCUUCUGUUCCUCCUCCAUCCCGACUCAGUAUGUCGUCACUCACCCACUGUAUUAAUCCUCCCAUACAGCCUGUCAAUCUAACCGCUCUUUGAUGCGCACAACAAUUACAGUACGGAUGAAAGGCGUGGGCUGGUUGGCUCUCGUUACGUAAGAAAAGCAGGCCUCGACGAGAUUUAUUGAUCUGAAAUGAAACCUGGACAUCUCUGCUGGAAAAAUACGGAAAGUUUUGCCUCAUACUAUAAACAGAGGGGUGACAAAAUAAAGGAAAAUUGAGCAGAAAGGACCAGAUUAGAUGUGAUAAACACUAUUUUUCUUGAAGAUAUUCCCUCAUUUGGUGUUUUUGUGUCCUAUAUGUUGGUCUGAAAUCUCCUGGAGACACUCAGUUUUGGAAAUGUGUUCACUCUUUUAUUUUAGGGAGAGAGGGUGGGAUUAAAUAAGUUGCACUUCUUCCCACCCCUUUUCGGGCAUGUAAAUGGAACUGUUGUGCUGUUCUACUAUCUAAGAUUGUUAUGAUUCUUGAUA